AUCCGGGGGCCAACGGAGGUGCAGCGUGGACGCGAUCGAUUGCAACAUUAUUAGCCCGCGAUUCCGGCCGCCGUCAUCGAUCGAACGCUACUCCAAGCCUGAUUUCCAUCACAAUGACGAAUAGAUGUCAACUGUUUGCCCUAUUGUGGCUCGUGUCGACCGUCGCGGCCAUUCCGAUGCGCCCCAGCCAGCUAGUGUCCGCGAUGCAGAACGUGCAGCGUCAGUACGAAGGACGCCAGGCCAAGGAUGCGGCCGGUUUGCUGCAGGAACUGACCGAAGAAGCACCCCAGGAGGGUGAAAAGGAGGAAACCGGGGCCAGUGACGGUACGGAGCAAACAGCGGUCCCAGGUGCAUCGACCAAACAGGCACCGGUGGCCAGCGCUCGGAAGCAAAAGAUGCUCGGUUAUUACGGACUUUACGCUCCGCCAAUCCCAGCAGCAUACGGCACUCCCUAUGGUUACCCGUUGUACCAAUCGAUGCUGGACUACUACGAUGAUUACGCGAUGCCGGUCGAUAACUAUCCGAGCUUGAAUAUGCUGGCCAACAUGCAGUCCUAUCCACCGAACAUGUACGCCAACAUGCCGAGCAGUGUGGCCGCGGCCUACCAAUCACCGCUGGCCGGUGCCGGCCCUCUAUCACCCAACCUCCAACAGCAACUCAACAGCCUACUCCAGCAACAGGUGCAGCAGCAGCAACAGCAACAAUCGCAACAAUCACAACAACCGCAGCAAGCGACGAACCCACAGCUGGCUAAUUUGGCGAACCUCGAUGCAAAUGCGGCCUCUCUCGGUAGCUUCCAGAGUUUGGCGGCCAGCUUUGCGGCCGGUAACGACCACUACCAGGGGCUGGAGGAUGAGGACAUCCUCUCCCGGCACAGCCAAGCGUCGAGACGGCGUCCGGGGCAGGUGAAGAAUUCGCCGAUCUACUACAUCCGGUUGCCACCGACACCGUACAUGUUUGUGCCGGGCGUCGGCUACAUCUCGCAACCACCGACCAUCCAACCGAUGGCCGCACCGAUCCCACAGUACCAGCAACUCCCACCGCCCGUCACGAUGAGUCCGUUCUAUCAGCUGCCGAUCAAUUUCGUUUCGAACGGCAAACCGUCCGGUAUUUACCAGUGGAACGGAGGUCCAGCGGCGGCUCCGGCACCGGCACCACCACAGUUCGCCCUGCCCUACCCGAGACCACCGCGACCGGCGUACGUACCGCAGGCCGGUUUCAUCCAGGACUCGAAGAUCACGCACCUGAAGGGUCCGUUCCUGUUCAAUGGUCGGCCAGAGGAGAUUUUCCUGCUGCAGAACGCGUACAAUCCGCUGUUCCAGAGUCCGCUCGCUGGUUACUACUAGGGGCGGUAGGACGGGAGCUGCCGAUGGUGCCGAUUGGUUGCAGGCCUUUGGUCAUGUCAGUUGGCAUCAGCAGCAGGACAUCACAACGCGGCAUUAUUGCAAUCACCGGAAGAAUGAUUAAUCCGAUAACGCACCAACUAGAACACACAUACAGACACUCACACACACAUACAACUCAGCUGCAGAUAGCUGGCCAGCCAGUCGACUGUUCAGUACUGACCAUCUUGGAAUUAGGUUAACGGAUUUGCGUUUAGUUAGGAAGGGCAAAAGCUCGAGCUAGGGAGGGAAAGUCACGCUCCACUCCGGCCACUAUAGGCCACGUGCCGUACGGCAUGCCACAUAGAGUGACACGAGACCGAGAACGAGAACGAGAGAGAGAAUUAGAGAGACAAAAAAGGAAAAAAGAGAGAAAGAGGGCGCUAGGAUAAUAUUCGAAAAACAAAAGGCUUGGAGAAACGUUUCGCGGAUGGGUGGCUAGUACCGGAAAGGGGCUCUAAAUGGACCAAGAGUUGAAGGUUUAGUGUACAGAACUAUGGGGAGGUAGCGGGAGGCGACUGUGGUUCCGGUGCCCUGUCCAUUUCCAUUCGGUGAAACGUUUCUUCGAACGAAACACUUUGGGGAACAUUCCGUUGUUGGAAAUACGUUGAAUAGAAGAAAGAAAAAACAAUACUCGUCGUCUUUUGAUCGCCACAACGAAGGACAUGCGCGAAUGCAGAACCUAGUGAUGUAGGAGCGGAGUAGCGAUAGCGGAGUAACGUAGUAGUUGUAACGCUGUAACUAAUAUAAAACGAUGCUUAGAA